AUGACGAUCGAUGACUUGGUCAACACCUUCAGGAAGCCUCUGUCGCAACCCAUUCUCUCAUCCCCACCACGACUUAGGAUCACCCGGGCGGCGAGGGAGCGCGACGAUGAGGAGCUCAUCCCCAAGCGGAGCGCUCGUCUUGCUGCGAAGAGUAGGUUCCGAGAGCCAAAGCCGGAAGCACAGGCAAGGAAGGUCAUGAUGAAGCGCCUGGGCGUUGAGGUAGAGACGCAACUACCUGAUGAAGCAUCGUUCCAGGAAUUACAGGCGGCCUUCACUCUACCGCUCACGCCUUCGACGUGGGAGGCAUGGAGGUGCUUUUCCCAGGCAGGAAGCAGCGGGCUGUUAGGGCUGUUCGCGCCGCCUAGUAGGACGAUAGCUCUACCAUGCGCGGUCUAG